UUGUUCGUGGUUGGUCGCGCAACGAGCGUUGCUUUUUUAAUAAUUCCCUUGGCGCAAAACCCGUCGUUGACGUGACGCACCGAAAGGGACGACGGUGAAGAGAGGAAGAUAACGAGUAAUAAUAAUCAUAUCGUCGGCGGGUUUCGAGCGAAAAAGAGAGCGAGAGUGAGCGGAGGAAGAUACCCCACUAAUCACACGAAAAAAAAAGAAUCUGCUUGUACACAAUUUUUCAUGUUAUUAAUGAAAAUAGUAUUAAACAUUAGGCAUAAUAAAAAGUACGAAACGGAUGGGUUAACGUCAGGCGGAGUGAAGAAAAAGCAACAUCAACAGAAAACAUUAAAUAGCAGAAACAUAAAUACAUACAUCUUCGCUGGUAGAUUACAUACAAUUUGGAAAACUAAUAUUAUAUGCCAUUAAAAAUCUUAGCGAUUCAGCUCGGAAUUGUUUUCGAUUAUACCAUUACGGACCUGGAAGAUAUGUAAUUUGGACACCCGUCUGUUUUCGGGGGAUCGUUUCUGCUCGGCGACAAUUAGUGACAAUUGUUGUUUGUGGAGUGUCCCGGAGAACCGCCCGGUGGAAGGGAUUUACUCAACACUCAAUCGCACAUAAUAAUAAUCAUAAUAAUCAAUUGUCUGAUAGCUGCGAUUAGUAGUGAUCGUUUGCGCGCGCUCCGACUCUAGCUUUUUUUUUCUUCCCAGCUGUUGGUAUGAGUGAUAAUUUUCACGAUUACGUGAAGACAGUGUCAAAACAGUAAUUAGUUUAAAUUGAAGCGAUAAAUUAGUGAUGUUUAUGUGUAGUUUUUGCUUCCUCGCGAUUGACCGUACUGUGGUGGUUGUGUGACUCCUACUAAGCACCAGUGAUUCGGAACAGACGAACAGCUAGUCCGUGGUCCACGAGUGUGUGUGCCCCGUCAUUACCGAAAAUUAGGGUUAAUGUAAUUGAUUCUUAGACACCCGGAGCCUUCUUUGACCGGCUUGUGAAUGAAAUCGGUGGCCGUGAAAAUUGUUUCAAUUAUUGCUACGAUAAUCACCUCUAAUCGGUAGAAGGAAAGGAGAAUUUUGCUUUCGUUUUACGCUGGUAGAAUCCUGACUAAAACUGCGAGAAGGUAGUAGUGAUCCUUAAAGCAGUAACGGGACAGUUUUUUCAUAGUAGCGCCCUUCUGGUGUUCCUAAUUAUUAAUUAGUUGUAUUGUGAUAUUAAUUUUAAUAACCAUAAAUGAAGAGCGGCUAUUCCAAAAACGCGGAGAUUUUGUUGACAGAUUAGCACACCCACGUUCGGUGCUAAUAUCAAAUCAUCACCUUCGAAAUUUGAUCACCGGGGUGGCGACGGCGAAUCGAAUCUUGAUCUCGACGAAAAUAACAAAGCGAACAACAGAGCAGGAACACAUAAUAUCUCCGCAGGGAGUCUCUUGCUUCGUAAGUGCGUGCUUUUGAACCCCAGGAAGUGUGUGAAAAUAUCAACAAAUUCAAACGAAAGAAGAACCCGCAAACAGAGAAAAAAACAAGGGCCAAACAAGCUCAGGGAUAUCAGAACUCGGUGGUGACCUGGAUGGAUUAGUGAGAGGAAUGAACAAAUUCGAGAUUCACGCAUAAACAUACGAGAGGAUCCUUGUUGUGUCCCGAGAAGGUUAUUUUUUCCGAAGUGCAUUCAAGUUUUUUUUUGCAUUGAAAGGAAGUGAUCGCUGAAUGCGCUGUUUCCGAAUGGUGUCAGUGUGACAGAGGUUCCUGGAAGAAAACACCCGGAUGAUCAGUUGACGUACGUGAAUAAAAAUCAGCAUUUAAAGUGCCCAGUAGCAACGGAACAAAACACCGAACAAGUGAAGUGUGGUGAGUUGUGCGUUGGGAGUGCGUGUAUGAGAGAGCACCUCGCUGGGUUUGCUUCUCAGGUGCCAGCGACUGCUUGCCGUUGAGUGAACACGGGUGAGUUUACUCCAACGGCAUUACGAUUCAUUUCGAAAAAGUGGCCUCGAUCGGUGCCAACACGCUCAACUUCACGGAUCUGGGGAGCCCUUACGAGGGCCCCCCUAGUACACCGCAGUCCGGAAUGGAUGCACCGGAUGCACCGCACACGCCAAAGUACCUCGACGGUGGAGCAACACCGGCGGGACCGGGCAAGUCCGCCUUCGUCGAGCUGCAGCAGCACGGGUAUGGUGGCAUCCGAAGUGGGUACCAGCAUUUCAGUGCACAGGGCGGGCAGGAUUCCGGAUUUCCGAGUCCGCGAAGUGCGCUAGGCUAUCCUUUCCCGCCCAUGCACCAAAACUCGUACUCCGGGUAUCACUUAGGAAGUUAUGCACCUCCCUGCGCUAGUCCACCAAAAGAUGAUUUCCUCUCGGAUAAAAUCGAGGACACCGGCCUGCGGGUGAACGGCAAGGGUAAAAAAAUGCGCAAACCCCGCACCAUCUACAGUUCCCUACAGCUGCAGCAGCUCAACCGAAGAUUUCAACGAACGCAGUACCUAGCGCUACCUGAGCGGGCGGAACUGGCGGCCAGCCUUGGGCUGACGCAGACGCAAGUGAAGAUUUGGUUUCAAAACCGACGAUCGAAGUACAAGAAAAUGAUGAAGGCAGCACAGGCACCCGGCGUCGGGGGAGGACUUCCAUUGGGCGCGCCAAACCAAGGUGGUCACAGUCCGUCGCAGCAUCAAAACAUGCAUCAAGCACCCGGCGGUGGCUCCAGCAGUGGCUCGCCAUCGCACUUCCUACCUCCCGGACACAGUCCUACGCCGUCGAGUACACCGGUCUCGGAAUUGUCACCUGGCCUCAGUCCGCCCUCGCAAGCGCCCUGGGAACAGAAACCCCCGCCGCACUGGGGCGACCACAAACCACCGCAGAUGGCACCGCAGACGAACCACGCACCUCCACAGCCGACCCAUGCGCCCCAGAUGGGCGGUUACGUACCUCAGUACUGGUAUCAGCCGGAAACGAAUCCAUCACUAUUAACCAUGUGUCCGGAAUACGAUGCAGCACGGUACUGGUACCGAAAAAACCAUAACUCCGUGCUCUCUUAACCACUUUUCGAAAAUUCGACUGUUUCGGAACCGUCAGAGUGUGGCCGGCCGUUUAACAGAACGAGAAUGUGAAUUAUAAUUUUAAUUAUUCCUAGUGGUAAAUAGAGAAAAGUUUAGAACGCCCGGAUUUAGAGCUGAAGGCGAAACAAAAUGAAACAACAAAAAAAAAAUUGAAACACACAUACAAACAAGCUGAACAGUGAUCUGAUUAUCGAUAAUUAUACAUAUUAGUGAAAAUUGCAAAAUAAUUCCCGGGAAGGUGAUGCGAUGGGUGCAGAUCUUCGGUGAAAAAUGCAGUGGAGUUCCUGAAGUACAGUAUUGAUUACCGUCGGAUGUCCGUGCAUCGAUCCGAGUGCUCGGGUUCAGGGAACCGCAGACCAGUAUUAAGCACUGGAACUUAACUUAUUCUCGCGGAUCCAUUGUAUCGGAGCCGUUGAUCAGACGGGCUGAGAGAAAUAAUAGCUUUGUGCAAUAUUUGUAAGUGUUAAUCGUAAUGCAACUUUUCUUUCAUUUUUCAUUCUGUUUUCAAAAUAGCACAAGUAGUGAGAUUUGAAUUUUCUGGAGAAAAAAAAAAUCAACAUAUUUAAAAUUAUCAAAAAAUUUUGACUGUGCUCUUUCGUUUGAAAUUUGAAACUCCAAUCAAAUCAUUCCUUUUCAACAAAAUACCAGAUAAAGUCAUGCGAUAAAACAUUCCGUAGAAUAUGAUGCAUUUGGACACAGGACAGUUACAUGUUGGCAUUUCAAGUAAGCUGCAUUGUUUUAUUUUUUUCCUAUAACACAUUUUUGCUGCCAUUGAGACAAACAGACGUAGAGCUUCGAAUGCAAUAUGAAGAAAGUAUUUAAAAAAAAUCCAACCGAAUAGAACAGCACCAGCAGAAGCGAAAUAGCCUGCGAUAGAAGCAGAAAAUCAAAUUAAUAGCGGUUUUUUGAAAGGAACAGUUUUAAGCGAUUACAUUAAAUAGUGUAAAUAAGGCAAUCGACGGCGAUGCAAGUGACGUUGAUGCAGGGAGGGACUUGAUUUUUUUUCAUUGAAUCUGAUCGAAUGAAGGAGCGUGCAAGGAGCGAAUGGCGUCAAGUUGUUUGUUUCGUCAAAGUACUACUAAAAUAGUUUGGACACGAAAGUGAUGAUUGUGAUUAGCAGGUAAUUUAAUUAAACGCGACGCAAACAGUUUAAAGCAAAUUUGUACAUAGUACUUCACAGUAGUGAUGAAACAGUACGAGAAUGGAAGUAAGUUAAACAUUGUAUUAAAAUAUUUAAAUGAUUUGUAUGUAAGCAGACAAGGUAGAAAGAUAAAACAUAUUUAGUGAGGAAUUCAAUUGAUUGAAUAGGAAUUUUGGUUUUAUAAAUUUUAUUGAAUAAAAGAUCAAAAAGCGGAUGCAAAAAGGAAUGACACUUGUAAUCGAAUUUCGAUAAAGAAAUUGUGACAACAAAUUUCUAAAAAAAAAUGCAACUAGCGGGUGUAGUUCCGCUUUAGAUAUGUUUCUUCUGCAGGCAACUCAGACGUGGCUAGACGUUAAGAAUUGUUUAUUAUUAUAUUUUAAUGAUAUAAUGUAAUAAAAAUUAUAUUAUAAAAGAUCUGUAACGAUUGUGAAUGUAAAUUGCAAAAUUCGAAAA